AUGCAGCUAAAUCUUACAUACAAUCCAAAUAAUAAUAAAACAAAUGGGCUAACAAGACGUGCAUUAUACGUCUCCAGUUUAUACUUUACAACAACCAGUUUGACUAGCGUUGGAUUCGGUAAUGUAUCACCGAAUACAGUUAAUGAAAAAAUAUUUGCUGUUAUAACAAUGCUUGUCGGAGCUCUUAUGCAUGCUGCAGUAUUUGGUAAUGUAACUACUCUUAUCCAACGGAUGUAUUCCAGACGUUCAGCAUAUCAGACAAAAAAUCAAGAUCUGAAAGAUUUUACACGUGCACAUCAUAUACCAAAACCGCUGAAACAACGUAUGCUAGAGUUCUUUCAAGCUAUGUGGGCAAUAAACCGAGGGAUUGAUAAAGAAGCUAUAAUGCAUUCAUUCCCUGAAAAUCUUCGUGGUGAUAUUGCUUUACACUUGAAUCGUGAAAUAUUAUCAUUAAGUCUGUUUAAAAGUGCAAGUCCUGGUUGUCGAAAAUCUUUAGCCCAAUUGAUUACAACUCGGUUUGCAACACCUGGUGAAUAUGUUGUUAAUCAAGGCGAUGUACUCAGAUUUAUAUAUUUUGUAUGCAGCGGUUCAUUGGAGAUAUUAGGUGAAGAAGGUACAGUUGUCGGACUGUUAGGUAAAUGUGAUAUAUUUGGCAGUGAUAUGGAUGAUUUACCAACUUUGGGUUUUUCAGCCUAUAAUGUAAAAUCACUGACAUACUGUGAAUUACAGUGUAUAGCAUUAGAUCAUGAAUUACAAGAGAUCUUUGAACAGUAUCCACAAUUUCAAAAACAAUUCGCUUUGGCACUAUCUGAAGAAUUAUCCUUCAAUCUAAGAGCAGGUUUCGACCCAACAUCCUCAAUGGAACUUAUCCCUGCAAUUACUCUUUCUAAUGAUAAAUGUAUGGAUUCUGAUGAACCCUCUGAUAAUGGCAGUAUAAAAUCACAGCAAACGCCAAAGGAAAUGCAUACACUAUUAAAGCCUACAAAUGAUACUGUAUCCUUUGAAAAUACAGAUGAUAAUUCUAGUGUUAAAAGUGACAAACAGAUAACAGAAAAAGAUAUGAAGUUGAAAGCAGUAAUAAAUUCAACCAAUCCAGAAGAUUUAAUUAAUAAAUACAUAGAACAAGAUAAAGAAAGGAUUUUUGGUGAGAAGACCAUUAACUCACAGAGAAGCAGACCUCUUCUCGUCAAACAGAAUUCACUUAAUUUAUAUCCGAAACAUAUUCAGAAAUCAAAUAAAUUUCAUACUAAAACAUUCAGUUUAAACAAAAUACUGCCUACUGAAAGAAUGAAUGGGGAGAUUGAUGAAGAUUAUAAUAAUAAUGACAAUAACAGUGAUGGUAGUAAUGAAGAUGAUGAAGUCAAUGAUUGUAAAGAUAAACAAAACUUCAGAGAGAACUAUUCGAAUUUUCGAAUGGUUAAUCCAUCUAAUUCUUUUCAAAAUAUCAUAGAUUGUACAAAAAAUAUAAUACCAAAAUCAUUUCUACAAAAUAAAUGUCGAUCAUUUGACGACAUUUAUCAAAUCAAAAAACCAUUUGGAGCAUAUUCAUCAGAACAUGCUGGUGAAAUAAAACAUGGACACAGAUAUAAUACUACUCCUAAUAAUGAUAACAAUAACAUUGGUAAUGGAUACUUUUAUCCAGAGAAAACUUGUGCUCAAGUCAAUGAUGUUGUAUUCUUCGAUGUUAAUCAUAAUAAUAAUAAUAAUUGCCACAAUAAUGAACAACUCAUCUCACUACUUGAUGUACACUUUCAUCAAACACAAAGUCAAAUAGACUUGCUUAAAUCAGAAAUUAGUCAAAUGAAUCAAAAAAUUGAUAAAAUACAAAAAGAUUUUACAGAAUUUGCAAAAUAUUUUAUCAAAGAAUCAUCUAGUUCAAAUGUGAUCACCAAAUUCUCAGAUAAUAAACGCUUAAAAACUGCACAUUCUGUUUUAGACAAUGAAAAUGCUUCAGCAUUAUCUUCAGGUUUUGCUACUCCCACUACCCCCUCUUCUACUACGACAACUCAGAGUGGUAGUUGCUGCUGUAAUAGCGGUAAUAACAAUAAUAAUAAUAAUAACAGUUAUACCAAUAACAGUUGUCUUCAUAAUUCUAAAGAUGACCUACCUAUCCAAAAACCAAUUAUUUCCUCCAGUUCACGUCCAUGCUUACAUCAAUACGGUAGACCAAACUAUUCACCAGAGAAUCGUGUUGUUACAUUCCGACUACCUCCACGUAAUCAUGAUUUUCGUAGUCAAAGUUUAACUAAUUCACGACAAAUGUCACCAGAAACACCAAAAGCAAAUCCAUUCAAAAGAUUGCUGCAUAAAAAUCCAUCUAUAUCACAUAUUGAUUGA